UCCUUGGGAAGCUCAGGGAUGAGUCACCAAGGGACAGGGGAUUGGAGGGUGGAGAGGAUAUGGAGACCAGUCAUGCUGGGGGGCUGUGGGGUGGCGGUGCAGCAACAACGGUGAACAGCUGAUGCGGCAGCAAGAGGAAUCAGGUUGGACACCAGGAAGAUACAACAAGACGUCCCCUGAGAAGUGUUAUCAAGUCUCUGAAGGGUUACGUGCCAUGAAGAUCUGGUGUACGUGCUCCGUGCCUGGUGGAGGCAGGACAAGAUGAAAUUGACCAAGUGUAGCGUGAGAGACUCGGACUAGACAACUGGAAGGACUUUGAGAAGUCCUUUGAGAAUCGCCAGUUUCAAGUUCCAGAUUAACUGGUCGGUUUCAGGAAGCAGCGGUGGAGAGAGCACUGAGCCGGCCUCAGGAGGACCAGGUGUCUCCCGGGCGGGAUGGCCCAGGAGCUCAGUGAGAAGGAGUUGUUGAGGAUGCAGGUGGAGCAGCUGAAGAAGGAAGUGAAGAACCCUAGAGCUCCGAUUUCCAAGACAGGAAAGGAAAUCAAGGAGUAUGUGGAGGCCGAAGCAGGAAAUGACCCUCUUCUCAAAGGCGUCCCUGAGGACAAGAAUCCCUUCAAGGAGAAAGGCUCUUGUGUGAUAAGCUGAUGGCUCCGGCAGCCCUCACUGGAAUGUCUGUCCCUCCUCAGACCCACUCCUCACCCAGAACGAAGUGUCCUGGGACACCCAUGGAACCUGUGAAUUUUCACCUUCUCUUAGUCACAGAAUGAGUAAAGAUACCUGGCUGCAUGCAUUGCGAGUCUAUUCCCCAAACCCACUUUCAAC